CUUCUUCUCAUCGAUUAUUCUGAUCGCAUUUUCUUUGGCUCUGUUUAGGUUUGUGUUUGCAGGAUUCGAAACCGUGAUCUGUAAAGCUUAGAGAUGGCACCCAAGGCAGAGAAGAAGCCGAUUGCAGAGAAGAAGCCGGCGGCUGAGAAAUCCCCUGCAGCGGAGAAGAAAAAGGCUGCAAAGGCUGAAAAGAAGGUCCCAAAAGAGGCCGGAGAUAAGAAGGGUAAGAAGAAGCAUAAGAAGAGUAGUGAGACCUAUAAGAUCUAUCUGUUCAAGGUUUUGAAGCAGGUGCACCCUGAUAUUGGAAUCUCCAGCAAGGCUAUGGGAAUAAUGAACAGUUUCAUCAACGAUAUUUUUGAGAAACUGGCUAGUGAGGCGGCUAGAUUGGCUCGUUACAACAAGAAGCCUACCAUUACUUCCCGGGAAAUUCAGACGGCUGUGAGGCUCGCUCUUCCUGGGGAGCUCGCAAAACACGCAGUAUCCGAGGGUACAAAAGCUGUGACUAAAUUUACCAGUGCAUAAUUUAUUGUCUGUUUUUAGUUAGGGUUUCUGUUUGGUCGGUUAAUAGGGUUUGGUGCCAUUAUUGGCUGCCAGUGACUGUAUUCUUUUUAUAAGUGUUUUAGCUUUAAGCAAUCGAAUGUUGGAUACUUGUAUGCGCAAGCCUCUUGCGCAAAAAUUUAAUAAAUAUUGUGGAUGAUUAGCUUAA